UGAGCAGUGUCUGUGCUUCUUCUUUUCUUUACAAUUGGAAAAGAAACCAUUCGCCAUGGAAUGCCUGGUGAUGCUGAUAGCAGCUCUUUGCGCACUACCCAUGACAGUUGGAUUUCGGAUUGUUGGAGGGCGUGAAGCCAGAGCACAUUCCAGACCUUACAUGGCAUCUCUGCAGAUUGCGAGCAAACAUUUCUGUGGUGGUACUCUCAUCAAUAAAAAAUGGGUGCUAACUGCAGCACACUGCAUGGAGGACAUGCCUGUGAAUUUAUUGCGUGUGGUACUCGGCGCUCACAAUUUGCGUGCUCCAGACAAAUUUGUGCAGGUGUUUAGUGUACAGGAAUCCGUUCAACACCCAGAGUACAAUCGUAACACAUUUCAGAAUGACAUUCAACUGCUAAAGCUAAAUGAUUCUGUUUCUGUGUGUCCCUAUGUGAAUACAUUGAAAGUACCCUGUGCCAACUCAGAUGUAUCCCCUGGCACUCCCUGCUCAGUGGCUGGGUGGGGCUUUAUCUCUGAUUUUGGUGUUGAACCAAAGGCUUUAAUGGAGGUGGAUGUGGAUGUAAUUACCCGUUCGGCAUGCAAUUCUUCCUGGGAAGGAGGCAUCUAUGAAAGUAUGCUGUGUGCUGCCAGCCCUGGGCAGAAAGCUAAAGGUUUCUGUUCUGGUGAUUCUGGAGGGCCGCUUGUAUGUGAAAACCAAGUUCAAGGAGUGGUAUCUUUCUCUGGAAUACGGUGUGGGAAUCCAUUCUUCCCAGAUGUAUACACUCGUGCAGGAUCUUUUCUGGCAUGGAUCCAGAAAGUAAUAGGGAUAUAUUGCUAUUAGGAAUAAUGGAGAACAGAUCAAUGGAUCAUAUGGCAAACUGCAUCUCUAAAUGAAUGAAAUUAUGUGUAUGUAUUAUUAAUGCUGUCACUUCAUUGUAAAGUAUCACUCAUACUCCUUAUUCAUAUUGUGUUAGGGCUAUAACGACAUAGACUUGCUAACAGGCACCAUUGUUAGUGUUUUAGUCUCUGAAAAAACAUGGAAUUCACAAAAUCCAUUAAAGAAUCCAAGUCAUUAUAUUCCAUAGAGAAUAUAGUAAACAACUUCUCAACAUUAGACAAUCAUUCAUACACUUUCAGAUUCAACAGUAAUUUCUGAGUGUGGUGAUGGCAUGUGUCAUCAAGUAAAUACAGCAAGUGCUAACAUACAUACAAUGUAUAGAUAAAUACAGUCCUGUAAAUACAUACAAUAAAUAGUCCUACAUUGUCAGUUUGUGUCAAACAAAGUUGUGUAUCAUUUACUUAUGUAUCUCUAUGAAAUUUGUUGAUGCUGGAUAGGAAAACGAUAAUAAUAGUAAUAAUAAUAAUAAAAUGUUUGUAAAAUAAAGCACAAUAAAAUAUUUUUAUAUUCUAGCAGAC